AUGCCUGAUUAUUAUGGAGUUCAGCACAACUGGCAUAAGAAGAGUAUAUUUUGGGAGUUGCCGUAUUGGAAGGAUCUUCUUUUGCGCCACAACCUAGAUGUGAUGCAUAUUGAGAAGAAUUUUUUUGAGAACAUCAUGAAUACAAUAUUGAAUGUUCCAGGGAAGACAAAAGACAAUCAAAAAUCGAGGUUGGACUUGCCUGAUAUUUGCUCAAGACCCGAGUUACAUAUAAAAAGCAAUGGACAAGUUCCUGUACCGGUAUUCAGAUUGUCUUCAGAACAAAAGUCGGUCUUGUUCAACUGGGUUGCAUCAGCAGUGAAGUUUCCUGAUGGGUAUGUUUCAAACCUCUCUAGAUGUGUUGAAAAGGGCCAAAAGUUCUCCGGGAUGAAGAGUCAUGAUUGUCAUGUCUUUAUGCAAAGACUACUUCCCUUUGCAUUUGCGGAGCUACUUCCAACAAAAGUACAUGAAGCACUUGCAGCCAUUGGAGCAUUUUUCAGGGACUUGAGCACUCGCACUCUUAAAGAGGAUGUCGUAGAACAACUUCACGAGAACAUUCCAAUCUUAUUGGAAAGGCAAAAAAACUCGCAAAGGUUGAAGGUUCUAUAA